AAGCUGUUACCUGAAUUCCCCUGAAGCUUCGGUCCAUUGUUUGCAUUACAGAUACUGAUGGCAAUGGAUACAUCAGCUGCAAUGAGUUGAAUGACUUGUUCAAGGCUGCUUGCCUGCCUUUGCCUGGGUAUAGAAUAAGAGAAAUUACACAAAACUUGAUGGCCACAGGUGAUCUGGACCAUGACGGAAGGAUCAGCUUUGAUGAGUUUAUCAAGGUUUUUCAUGGCCUAAAAAGCACAGAUGUUGCCAAGACCUUUAGAAAAGCAAUCAACAAGAAGGAAGGGAUUUGUGCAAUUGGUGGUACUUCAGAGCAGUCCAGUGUUGGCACCCAACACUCGUAUUCAGAGGAAGAAAAGUAUGCCUUUGUCAACUGGAUGAACAAAGCCCUGGAAAGUGAUCCAGAUUGUCGGCAUGUCAUCCCAAUGGAUCCAAACACAAAUGAUCUCUUUAAUGCUGUUGGAGAUGGCAUUGUGCUUUGUAAAAUGAUCAACCUCUCUGUGCCAGACACGAUUGAUGAGAGAACAAUCAACAAAAAGAAACUCACCCCUUUCACCAUUCAGGAAAAUUUGAAUUUGGCUCUGAACUCUUCUUCAGCCAUUGGGUGCCAUGUGGUUAACAUAGGAGCUGAGGACCUAAAGGAGGGGAAGCCUUAUCUAGUCCUGGGACUGUUGUGGCAAGUCAUCAAGAUUGGGCUGUUCGCUGACAUUGAGCUCAGCAGAAAUGAAGCUCUGAUUGCUCUUUUGAGAGAAGGGGAGAGCCUGGAGGAUUUGAUGAAACUCUCCCCUGAAGACCUCCUGCUGAGGUGGGCUAAUUACCACCUGGAAAAUGCAGGCUGCAACAAAAUUGGCAACUUCAGUACAGACAUCAAGGACUCAAAAGCGUAUUACCACCUGCUGGAGCAGGUGGCCCCCAAAGGGGAUGAAGAAGGCAUCCCUGCGGUUGUUAUUGACAUGUCAGGACUGAGGGAGAAAGAUGACAUCCAGAGGGCAGAAUGCAUGCUGCAGCAGGCAGAGAGGCUGGGCUGCCGGCAGUUUGUCACCGCCACGGAUGUUGUCCGAGGGAACCCCAAGUUGAACUUGGCUUUCAUUGCCAAUCUCUUUAACAGAUACCCUGCCCUGCACAAACCAGAGAACCAGGACAUUGACUGGGGGGCUCUUGAAGGUGAGACAAGAGAAGAGAGGACGUUUAGGAACUGGAUGAACUCCCUGGGUGUUAACCCUCGAGUCAAUCAUUUGUACAGUGACCUAUCAGAUGCCCUGGUCAUCUUCCAGCUCUAUGAAAAGACUAAAGUCCCUGUUGACUGGAACCGAGUAAACAAACCACCGUACCCCAAACUGGGGGAAAAUAUGAAGAAGCUGGAGAAUUGUAACUAUGCAGUGGAACUGGGGAAGAAUCAAGCUAAGUUUUCCCUGGUUGGCAUUGGUGGACAAGAUCUCAAUGAAGGAAACCGCACUCUCACCUUGGCCUUGAUGUGGCAGCUAAUGAGAAGGUACACGCUGAAUAUCCUCGAAGAAAUUGGUGGUGGCCAGAAGGUUAAUGAUGACAUUAUUGUCAACUGGGUGAAUGAAACCUUGAAGGAGGCAGGGAAAAGUUCAUCCAUCUCUAGUUUCAAGGACCCAAAGAUUAGCACGAGCCUGCCUGUUCUGGAUCUCAUUGAUGCCAUUCAACCAGGUUCCAUUAACUAUGAUCUUCUGAAGACAGAAAACCUGGAUGAUGAAGAGAAACUCAACAAUGCAAAGUAUGCCAUCUCUAUGGCCCGAAAAAUUGGAGCAAGAGUGUAUGCCCUUCCAGAAGACCUGGUUGAAGUGAACCCCAAAAUGGUCAUGACGGUGUUUGCUUGCCUCAUGGGGAAAGGAAUGAAGAGGGUGUGAGCCCCUAGGGUGGGGCAGGAGGCAGCACCUCACUCCUGACUGCCCAGCCCAGGACACUCCCAGGAAGCACCGGGACGAUUCAGUCAUUCCAGAGUCCAACUUGGUGACAUUUUACAAGAUUCCAAAAAGUGCAUACUUGUACAGCCAAGUAGCUUCUCCCCUAUUUAACAAAAAAUGCUUCAUUCUUUGCAGAAGGCCCAAUCUCCUACAAAUACUUUUCUUUCUUUCUUUCUUUUUUAUUUUUAUUGUUGGGGAUUCAU